GAGGAGCAGGUUUCUGGGCAUGGUAGAAUAUAUUCAGGGCAUAAUGCGCAGACAGGGGUAUGGUGGGGUGCGGGUACAGCGGAGGUAAGCCCAGGCACUGGGUGAUGAUGAGAGAGGUUGUAAGGUCAAUAGUUCUGUAGUAAGGUCAAUAGUUCUGUAGUAAGGUCAAUAGUUCUGUAGUAAGGUCAAUAGUUCUGUAGUAAGGUCAAUAGUUUGGUAAUGAGGUCAAUAGUUCUGUAGUAAGGUCAAUAGUUCUGUAGUAAGGUCAAUAGUUCUGUAGUAAGGUCAAUAGUUAUGUUUUAAGGUCAAUAGUUCUGUAGUAAGGUCAAUAGUUCUGUAAUAAGGUCAAUAGUUUGGUAAUAAGGUCAAUAGUUUGGUAAUAAGGUCAAUAGUUCUGUAGUAAGGUCAAUAGUUUGGUAAUAAGGUCAAUAGUUCUGUAGUAAGGUCAAUAGUUCUGUAGUAAGGUCAAUAGUUCUGUAGUAAGGUCAAUAGUUCUGUAGUAAGGUCAAUAGUUAUGUUUUAAGGUCAAUAGUUCUGUAGUAAGGUCAAUAGUUCUGUAGUAAGGUCAAUAGUUCUGUAGUAAGGUCAAUAGUUAUGUUGUAAGGUCAAUAGUUAAACCACUGAUAUAUUUCUGUACACGUAGCCGCCACAGAGUUUAAGCAGUCAAAGAGCAGCCACGUGCACUGAUACAGUACAUAAUGUGCCACAUGUUGAAAGUGUUACGUUACACUCUGAACAGCAGGGCACUACCUACAGGCUAAAUCAUGCUGGGCGCAUGCGUCCUCACUGUAAGGACUUGGGUUGCCUGCACCAGGCGUGCUCUCCUAUGCUCUCUUAAGACCCCUACGUCAUCCUCUCGAUACCUCAGAGACCUGUCACACCUCCUACAUGCCGGGUUGAAGGGGGUGUGGACAGCAUGUGGACGGGGACAGGAGCAGGGACUGGAGCACCGACAGACAGGGACUCUGUGGUAAGGCUCUGAGACAGACACAGGGUUCUGAGAGUAUAAAGAGAGGAGCUGUGAGGGGCCUCAGAGCCACAGAGCUAGCCAUUGCUCUAGACUGCACUACAGAGCCAGACCUAGCUCUAGACUGCACUAUGGAGCCAGGAGCCAUGCCACUGCUGGAGCUUGUCCUGUUGGUGCUACUGUUGCUGAUAGGGGAGGGAGAACCUGUGUGCAGGCUGCAGGGCAGGGCAGAGCUGCCAGAACUGGCCAAGGACGGGGACCUUGUCAUCGGAGGCAUCUUCACCUUCCAGACGGAGUACGACGGCAGGGUACCCAACUUCCAGAGUUUACCAGACCCACCAAGGUGUAAGAAUAUGAAUUUCAGAGAAUUCCAAUUUGCACAAACACUUAUAUUUGCAAUUGAAGAAAUCAAUCGAAAUCCGGCAAUUCUCCCAAACCAUACUCUGGGCUACAAUAUCUACAAUGCGUGUGGAUACGACAACAUCCUGAAGUCUGGUUUGGCUUUAGCCAGUGGCCAGGAGAGAUUUAUCGAUGAAGGGAACUGCACCAAGACAGACAUGGCUCAGGCUGUCAUAGGCCACUCUGCCUCGACACCAACAAUUGGAUUGGCCCGAAUCAUCGGAAGGUUUCGUAUACCAGUAAUCAGCCACUUUGCCACCUGUGCUUGUCUGAGUAACAGAAAGGAGUUCCCCUCCUUCUUCAGAACCAUCCCCAGUGACUUCUACCAGAGCAGAGCCCUGGCAAAGCUGGUCAAACACUUUGGCUGGAGCUGGGUGGGGGCUAUAAGCAGUGAUAAUGACUAUGGGAAUAGAGGCCUAGCCACCUUUAUGAUAUCUGCACAGGAGGAGGGAGUGUGUAUAGAAUACUCUGAGGCAUUUGAGCAGACAGGUCCGCGCCAUGAGCUUCUCAGGAUAGUGGAGAUUAUUAAACAGUCCAGUUCAAAGGUCAUCAUGGCCUUCAUGACCCACAGGGAGAUCAAGGUUCUGGUGAGUGAGCUCUACAGGCACAAUAUCACAGGACUGCAGUGGAUCGGCAGUGAUGCCUGGAUCACAGACCCUUCUCUCACUGCCAUAGAGGGUCACAGCGCCCUUGUGGGCGCCAUAGGUUUCACGGUGACCAGGGCUCACAUCCCUGGGCUUGGAAAGCAUCUGAGGGAUGUCCACCCCUCUCACUUCCCCAACAGCAUGUUUCUCAGGGAUUUCUGGGAGAUUGUGUUUGACUGCUCUCUCAAUGUGACUACAGCACCUAAGAGGAAGCCAUGCAACGGCUCGGAGAGUUUAAGAGGUGUGCAGAACACAUUCACAGAUGUGUCCAAGCUGACAUUCACUAAUAACGUGUAUAAGUCUGUGUACGCUGUAGCUCACGCCCUCCACAACCUCUUGACAUGUGAGGAGAGCCAGGGCCCCUUCUCUAAUGGGAGCUGUGCUCAACCUACACGCAUCCAGCCAUGGCAGCUGUUGCACUAUCUACAGUCUGUCAAUUUCACAACGGGAGAGGACGAGAGAGUCUUUUUUGACAGCAAUGGAGAUUCCCCAGCCAGAUAUGAACUUGUUAAUUUACAAAGUGCCACAUCGGGAACCAUGGAAGUGGCCACAGUCGGUUUCUAUGGCUCGUCUUUGACUGGAGACCACCAGUUCACUAUGAACAACGUUAGCAUUGUAUGGGGAGGAAAUAGUGAGACGGUACCUGUGUCAGUGUGCAGUGAGAGCUGUCCCCCAGGCACUCGUAAGGCUGUACAGAAAGGAAAACCUGUAUGCUGUUAUGACUGUGUCCCAUGUUCAGGCGGCGAGAUCAGCAACACUACAGAUUCAGCCAAGUGCAUGAAGUGCCCGUUCCAAUACUGGUCCAAUGGGAGAGGGGAUAGAUGUGUCAUGAAAGAGAUUGAAUUCCUGUCCUACACUGAGCUAAUGGGGGUCAUUUUACUUCUGUUUUGUUUGAUUGGCGUUUGUUUAACUAUUAUUAUAGCAACAAUUUUCUUCCAAUUCCAAGACACCCCCAUCGUCAGGGCCAACAACUCCGAGCUGAGCUUCCUGCUGCUCUUCUCCUUGACUCUGUGUUUUCUGUGUUCUCUUACUUUCAUUGGCCGGCCCUCUGAGUGGUCCUGUAUGCUGCGCCACACAGCGUUUGGGAUCACCUUCGUCCUCUGCAUCUCUUGUGUUCUGGGGAAAACAAUAGUGGUGUUGAUGGCCUUCAGGGCUACACUUCCAGCCAGUAAUGUCAUGAAAUGGUUUGGUCCUACACAGCAGAGACUCAGUGUUCUGGCUUUCACUCUCAUACAGGUCCUGAUCUGUGUACUUUGGUUAACAGUCUCCCCUCCUUUCCCCUACAAGAACAUGAAGACGUAUAAGGAAAAGGUCAUUCUAGAGUGUGAUGUGGGUUCAGCUAUUGGUUUCUGGGCUGUGUUGGGGUAUAUAGGACUGCUGGCUCUCUUGUGCUUUGUGCUGGCUUUUUUGGCUCGAAAGCUGCCUGAUAACUUCAAUGAGGCCAAAUUCAUCACCUUCAGCAUGCUCAUAUUCUGUGCAGUCUGGAUCACCUUUAUCCCAGCUUAUGUCAGCUCUCCUGGGAAGUUCACUGUAGCUGUGGAGAUAUUUGCUAUUCUGGCCUCUAGUUAUGGAAUGCUAUUUUGUAUCUUUCUUCCUAAAUGUUUCAUUAUAUUGCUGAGACCAAAGGAAAACACCAAAAAACAUAUGAUGGGGAAGACCAAUGAUAUACUUUACUAACUUAAAUACAAAAACAAUUACAUGUAAAAUGUCAAUGUGUUAUUUAUUGACAUGUUGAUUUAAAACUGGAAAUUGUCACUCAAUCUUAUUAAAUAAAGUUAGUUAAAAACUA